GCAAUAUAUUCGUCGCAUACGUUUUCAAAAUAGCAACAACUGAAGUGAACACAAGCAGAUGUGAAAGAAUAUUUCUCAUUGUAAAAAACCUUUCAAGUGUAAGUUUUUUGCACUCGUGGAAUUUGGUAGAUUAUUCUUAGUUGUGCAUAAAAUAUCAAUAAAAUGAUGUGAAAAUUUUGAGAUAAUUAUGCUGGCGAAAUAGACAAACUUGAGCCUCAAUAUACCUAUGCUAAAUACACGAGAUACAGAAAAACCGAAAACCGAACUUAGCGGUCAGCGGAAUUCGCACAAGAGUAGCAAGAAGUCAACCAGGCGAAGAUGUGCGAAAUGUGCAGAAUAAUUUCCGCAGAUAUAUGGAUUUAAGGCGCUGUGAGAUAGCGAAGCGUUGUGAUUUCUGUUGAUCGGAAACUCGGUUUGUCAUGAAUAGUGCCACACCGAGAAAACCAGAAUCAACAACAAUCGCACCAAGGACAAAUAUAAAACCAGCUCCACUGCCGUCACAGUCGUCGCCGCCAUCGUUGGUAGCCGCUUCAAACAGCGUCACGAAAGUCAGUGAAACUUCCAAAUUAUUUUGUACUACUUCCGGAAAUAGUAAACCCAACGCGGAACGACCAACGCCACCACCAAGAACUGCGAAAUCAGCAAAAGCCUUGAAACUUGCAUCUGCUGCGGCGUCGGCUAGACAAACGCUAAUGAUAAAAAAUAUUGAAAACUUAUCAAGUCAUGCGAACGGCGACAACAAAGAUGAAGAAGAGGAAGAAAAAGAAAUUUGUUGUGGUCCCAACAGGAGAGAUUCCAUCACCGAGGACAUUGGAGCAGAACAGGUUAUUAAACUUAAAUCCAUCAAAGAGGGCAGCGAAGAGAACAAAUCUAUUUAUACCAACGCCACUAAAAUAGAAGCAGCUGAAACAAAUUCAACUUCAAACAAUAAACCCGAAACUGUCUGUGGUGAUUCAAAUUUGUCACCCGCACUCGCACCCGCUACACAAGAAGUGAAUCUUGAACGGGCAGCUGCGCAUGAAGAAACAGCCGCCCUCAUUGAUCUCAAUAAUUCCACAGAGGAUAUUGUUAAAACCUCAUCAGCUACAUCUGGGCCGGUUGAACGCCAACUCAGCGAAGUUGAAAAUACUGAAUUAGAUAAUCGGGACUCGGCAGCCGUAGCUACAGCGGACGACUUGUCCACAAAGACGCCUAAUUCUGGUGAUAGUCCGCUUAGUCGAAACAACUCCAUUGGUUUGGGAAAGAGGAAACUAUCGAAAACACCAUCGUUUUCAAAAAUAUCCAGUAGCCUGCAAAGCUCGCUGGGAGCGCUUAGUGGCAGUCGCCCUGAUGAGGAUACUAUCAGCAAAUCGAGCGAUACCUCGGGCGAGUUAGUGCGUGGUGUGGUUCAGGAUCCAACUGCUUCUGACAAGCCAAAGAGUGGCUCACGACUAUCGGAGCGCGCUAAAAAGAAAUCCUGGUACAAUGUAAUUUACCCGAAUUAUAAAUCACGUGCGGAGGAUUUCAAGAAGCUAUUCAAGGAAGUGCCGAGCGACGAGCGUCUAAUUGUUGAUUACUCGUGCGCUCUACAGCGUGACAUUCUUGUACAGGGGCGUUUAUACGUGUCACAGAACUAUGUUUGUUUCCAUGCCAAUAUCUUCCGCUGGGAGACCUAUUUAACUAUUCGUUGGAAGGAUGUCACCUCGAUAACAAAGGAGAAAACCGCACUUGUUAUACCCAAUGCCAUUUCGAUUUGUACAACUAAAGAGAAGUACUUCUUCGCCACAUUCACAACACGGGACAAAGCGUUUUUAAUGCUCUUUCGAGUAUGGCAAAAUACGUUAAUGAACAAGCAAAUGCUGCCGCAAGAAAUAUGGCAAUGGGUGCAUAAUUGUUAUGGCGAUGAACUCGGUUUAACCACAGAUGAUGAAGAUUAUAUAGAUCCGACCAGCGUAACAGCGGAGAGCGAAGGUGAUAUUGAUUUCGGAUCAGCCUUAGAAGACACAAAUUCGAUUGUUAGCUCCACAUUCGGCAGCAACUACAGCACAGCCAAUUCAAUACCAAUCGCCAACAAUAGCGGCGGCAAUAGCUCUAGCACAAGUAGUGGCGGCGGUGGUAAGCCCAGAACGAAAUCAUACUUUUUCGGUUCGAAUAAAUCGGUUGUGAACUUUUCGAACACAGCCUCAACCAGCGGUUCCGAUAAUAAAACAAGUGAUAAUAACAGCGCUGAACGCGAGCCAAAGUGCAUCAUGAAUGCAAAAGAAUUGACACUGACAUCGGUGAAGCCGGAAGAAGAAGCGGGCAAGUGCAAGGUAAACAGUUCUGCCAAUGAAAGUGGUAGUGGUGGGGUUAGUGGCUCCAGUAGAGAAACAAAAAGUUCAACUCUUAAAGCAUCUUCGCAUGACAUGAAACGCAAAGUGAAUAAAAGCACGCGAGAACGUGAUGAGGCGGCCAGCAAUAAUCAAACAAAUCUGCCCACAGACGUCUCCGUUUCGAGUGAUUCGGAGGAUAAUAAAGCACCAUUUGUUGCGACUGCUGAAUGCACAUCAGCCCAUGAAGGCCGUCAAUUAGUUCACACAAUACUUCCCAUCAAUGUAGAUACGUUGUUCAACAUGCUCUUCUCCAAGUCUAAGUUCUUGGUGGAGUUCCAUGCUAUGCGCAAAACUGAAAAUAUGUCUUUCGGCGAAUGGCUAACUAACGAGGAGGGUAAGAAGACGCGCGCGCUUGGCUUGACCGUGCAGUUAUUAGCUUCCGUUGGUCCAAAAGUGUCCAAGGUGACUGAGACGCAAGAAAUGCGGGAAUGUAGCAAACCAGGCGAACUGUAUUCCAUAGACGUAAUUAGUGUUAAUGCUGGAAUUCCAUAUGCUGAUAGUUUUAGUGUUUUAUUGCAUUACUGUUUAGUAAGAACCGUUGAUGACCAUACAAUGCUGUCUGUGCACGCUCAAAUUAAAUUCAAAAAGUCCAUUUGGGGUGUCGUCAAAGGUUUUAUAGAGAAAAAUACUUGGGCUGGCAUGGAAGAAUACUUUGGCGCAAUGCUGCAAGCUUUACAAAGUGAAACCUGCAUUCCACCCUCCAAGGCAAAAGGACGUCGCCCACGCCGGGGUAAGCACAACAAACACACAGUCACGAAUGCUAAUGCCACUAUCCUCGACAAAAAUGAUCAAUGUACUACGGCCCAAGUGCGUCCCACGGAGGAUGUACCGGAAAUACAAACCAAAACAGAACCCGUUGAAGUUGCAAUGACCACCAGCCGUCGUCACGUGCAACGCCUGCCAGUUGCCGUAACACAACAGCCCUCAAUCGAUGCCGAGCCGCAAAACAAACACAAAUGGCUGUCGGCGUUGGUCAUUGGUUUGCUGUGCUUUUUGAUCGGCUUGAAUGUGAUACUUUUACUAAAGCUUUGGACGUUGGAGGAGCGCAUUGAUGACGAUAUAAUCAAUCGAGCGCGUUUGCCUAAUUUAGCCACAUUGAAAGAGCUGCCCAAUUCGAACGAAGAGUGGAUGGAGCUAUUGCGCCAGCAGGAAAUCCUACAUGAAACGGAGUUAAAGAAAUGGCACAAAGUACUGCAAACUGCCAUUGAAUUGUUAAAAAAGACUGAACGAACGUUGGCCGCUCUCAUGUUUCGGUAAAGUCUUCCCAACAAAAGAGAAAUGACAAAUAUACACAAUUUUACAAUAGAUAGAACUCGAACUCAAACACAUGAACUCACAUACGCGUACAUGCAUAUGCACAUAUAUAUUUGUAGCAAAAAUUGCACAGCGAUUUCAAAAUAGCAAACGAAUUUUGCGGUCACUUAUUGCAAAGCAGCCGUUCCUUCAGUCGUACGUUUUGUUGUAUGUCGUUGUUUUUAGAAAUAAAGUCACAAGCAGUUCUUUAGUUUGUUCAGCACAAGUUUGUUAAGUUCUUGGCAUAAAUUAAGAAAUAAAAACAUUUCCAUAAUUUCUCUAAACAUUUAUUAGUCCCGCUGCUCUGCGCACGCUUUGCUUUGAUUUCAGUUAAAAUUCGCUUAUAAUUUUCUAUAAAGAUAAAGUGCAAUUUGUUGUUUAGAUUUUUGUUAAAAAAUGUAUAUUAAUCAAAUCUAUUCGUUAUUAAUUAUGCCGAUGUGUAUAUUGAAUGAUUCGAUCCGAAAAUGUAUUUACGUGCUAAGCAAAUAUGAGCCUGAGCUUAAGGUAUUAUUGUGACGCAUUGCAGCCCGUUUUUGAUAAUCGUGAGUUUUGUAAUUUACAAGGAAAAAUUUGAAAUAUUUCAAUAUUUCGCAAACCGCCGCUUAACCGAUUGCGCAGGCAAGUGUAACAAAUGAUUUGUGUUUUUGUUUUAAAAAGUUCGCCAAAGUUUCUCCGACACUAAUACAGAACAAGAAAAAACGCCCUCAGAGCAGCUUAUUUGUUAGCAUUUGUCUUACUUUAAGUACACACACAUAUAUAUUUUGUAAGCAAGAUUUUGGACAUUUUAUGCAUUAUUUAAAAUAAAUAAUCCGAAUUAUAAUAAUAAGCGAAAAUUGGAAAUGCAUGCGUUUUGGAGUUAUUUGUUUUUUUUUUAAUUCGUUAGUUAACUAAUUUUAUAAGUUGAAUAAUUUGAAUAUUAUGGAAUAAAACAGGCUAAAGGUUUUGCACUGAAAAAAUCAUCCUUAAAGUAUGCUACACGCGAUUCAGAACAAAGCCAGAGUUAGCUUGUUCCGCUUUUAUACUUUCGGGAAGCUCAUCCCGGCUUUUGUGGUACUAAGGCCAUUUAAACUCAGUUUAACUGGAUAGUUCAUUAUAUUGAAGAGUUAAAAACCUGGCCAUAAAAAAAUAUGUCAGCGCAGAGUAAACUGUGUGAGUGUUUUGUAAGUGAAAGCUCAUUACUAGUAUUUUUUGUAAACUGAAAGUAUCUCAUAAAUAUGUAACAUUGUGAAUAGAUUUGCAUAAACACAAAAAAGAGAAAAAAAAAAUAACACAGUUUCGUACGUUUGCCAUUAGUUGAGAUUGAAUUGUGUUUAACGUUAAGUUAGUGUUAUAAAUAUGAACUUGACUGUAAUUACAAUAGCAACGCAAUAUUAUUUGGCAAAGCUGAGCUAGUUACAUACAUUUGCAUGCUAUAUAUGUAAGUAAAUCUAUAAGUAAAUGAGUUGGCUAAUCAGCAAUUAUGUUGCAUUAGCAACACUUUAAGUGUAUUAAGUACGCAGAUUUAAAAUUUAUACAAAUCAAAAAUAAUUGAAUUAAAUUACGUAAAAUUACAAAUAAAUGCAAAAAUAUACCUAAAUUAUACAAAUAAAACAA